UUAGUUCACCCACUCGCGCACCACGAAACUCACGUAACCUCUCCAUUUCCUAUCGAUCCAUCCAUCCAUCCAUUGCUUGCGAUCGCGAUCGCAUCGUCGCACCCACUUCACCUCCGUGCCGCGCGAUGCAUCCGCUAAUGGGGGCGCUGGUGGAGGCGCGGGAGAGGUGGCGAGGCGGCGGCGGCGGGGCGGCGCUGCGGCGCGCGGUGGUGUGGGCUGGGGCGCUGGCGCUGGCGGUGUCCGUGGCGUCGUUCGCGCCGGAGGCCGCGUUCGUGUGGGCGCUGACGGGCGGCGGCGGCGGCGGCGGGAGGGCGUGCGCGGCGGGUGCGGUGCGGGUGCCGCUCGACGGCGGCGGGGACUUCGUGUGCGUCCCCGCGAGGAUGGCGGUGCGGUCCGGCGCCGACAUGAUCGUGCCGCCGGUGUUCGCGGGCCUCGCCGUCGGCGCCUCCGCCUGCUUCGUCCGCGCCCUCGCCAUCGGCCGCCGUCACGAAGAUUACUAGCGCGCGUCUCCUCCUCCUCCUCCCUCUCCGUCGGCUUCGUCUCUUCUCCGGCGAGACCAAGUCAUCAACGACGGCAUGCCCUCUUUUUCUUUUUCUUCGGGCUUACAAAAUACGCCUUCCUGUUUGAAAGGCGUAGUUACUCCACAUUUCCUUUUCACAGGAAUACGUCUCCCUCUUUCGAAGGCGUAUUUUAUUUAACAUUCCUUUUCAUUCAAAUACCUGAAAUUCUGAAAUCUGAAUGAGAUGUGCAUACAAAUGCGGGUAAUCCUUGCUGUAAUCACAAGAUUAUCAAACAAUACAGACCAUGGAAGAUGUGCAUUCAAUCUACUAAAAAUUUCUGCAUAAUGUUUCUAGUGAUUACAUAUGAACUGUUAAAACUUCUUUACGAUGACAAAAAUUGCCAUUAUUUGU